AUGGAAGAAAAAGUGUCAUUCUUGUCACUACUACGAACAAGGGAAAGAUAUGUAUUUAUAGAGUUUGAGUCUGACAACGUGGCCAAAACUGUUGCAGACACAGUGAACAACUACCUGUUUUCUGAAAGACUGCUGAAAUAUCAGUUCAUAGCUCCUGAAAGGGCCCAUGAAAACCUCUUCAAAAACAGCAAGAAGACAUUCUGGAAGCUGUACCAGCCUGCUGUCAGGCGGUACAAUAGGAUACAUUCACUCAUUCAGAAGGCAAAGAUGACAAAGAGGUUGCUGCAGAAGAAGAAACCCUUAUGGAAGAGGGUGGCUGAAGAGGGGCUCAAUUAUAUCUUCCCAGGAUUUGCUGCACAGGAGCGUUCCUUAAAGAGAAAGAAAGUUAAAACAUCGAAGGAGUCAGAAGUGGACAUUUCUUUGAGUAGCCAGGAUCCUACUCCAGUCUGUACUCCGACAGUGCUCGAGCAAUGGAGAGCUGCUCAGGUGGAUGGUGAUGUGGAGGACAAUGAAAUAACUCUCGAACUGCCCCCUGCCAGUACUAAGAAUAGUGUGCUGUGAACAAAGAAGCAACCAAGAAAAGGACCAAACCUGAAGAAACAGAAAUAGACUUAAAUUUGGGUGGCUGUAGCCAUGGUUUUUCUCAACUCAAAGUGACUGAGUUGGUGUUUCUAAAGGUUCUGCUGACCUGGUUUGGUUUGUCAUGACUAGACUGUUUCCAUGUUUCAUAGGCAAGGGAUCUUUUUAUAAGUCCUCUCCCUUCUGUUUAUCCAUCAUCGGCCUCAUGGUCUCCUCUGCCUUUGAAGAUGUUUUUGACUUUGUGCUCAUAAGUGCCCAUGCUGUGAAAUGCCUACAGUCGUGCCAGAACUUCAUCUAAUUCUGUAACUUGUCUCUAGCACUCACUGUAUUGAAACUAGCUCAGGCUG